GUGUAUAUACAAUUUAUAAUUACCUACUUUUGUCAACCCUGCCUCUAAUCAACUCUACCUUGUUAAUAAAGAAAUUUUGUAUUUUUGUAUUUUUUUUUGUAAUUUUGCGCAUUGCGUAUGUACUGUCUUGGUACUGUCCCUCACGGCCGCACGCGUAUAGCACAUCUAUGUGAUCCUACCAUCUAUGAUCCUUCGGAAUAUUAUAUGCGAUGAACCAAAAACAAAACGCACACGAAACGUCACUGUCAUGUCACUAACGUCACUCACGUCACUGUCAGAUAAGAUGUUUGUCAACGGGGAAAAUGUUUAUCAAUUAUUAUUACUCUAAAAAAGCCGCAAUACGUUUUAUUUCUUUCAUUCAACAAUCAUAUCGAUCAUCAGUGUAGUUAUCGGUUCUUGUAAACCACGUAUCAUCAACUAAUCAAAAGACAUUCUUUUUAUCAACUAAGGUUAUAAACAGAUUACACAAAUCGGUUAUUCUGCUCGGCACGACUCAAUGAGCAGCUGUAUCGAAAGUGUGCAGUAAAUGCUUGAUUGAGUUACGGAAGGCCUACUGAUGUUUGAUACUGUUUCGGGAAGUAGUUAGUGUUGUGCUUGUGACCGGUAGGCACGGAGAUCGGUCAUCAUGCUGUCGUGGGUACAACACCGAUGGACCGGCCUGUGUCUGCUAGUGAUGGGCCUGGGGGCCCUCAUGUUGUUUAUGUUCGGUUUCUUCCCGCUUAAAUAUCAUUCGGGAAAUUUAGCGCAUAUGAAUAAUUUGCCAAACUUUAUUGGUGGAGUCAGUAUUGAUGGGCAAGAAGUAUACAACUCAGGGGAGAAUACAGUGGUUCUCAUGGUCAUAGACGGGCUCCGCUAUGACUUCGUAACAGAAGAGUACAUGCCUUACACUGGACAGCUUCUGAAGAACAAAUCUGCAUGUAUAUAUGUAUCUGUAGCUGAACCUCCUACAGUCACAAUGCCCAGGAUCAAGUCUCCAGAGCUUAAGAAGGAAAGGGCACAGUGGAGGCGCACAAUAAACUUCUGGCGGGACAUAUUCGCAAUGAUGACAGGCAGCGUAUCGACUUUCGCCGACGUGGCGUUGAAUUUCGGCGCGCCGGCUGUCCGCGGCGACAGCGUGUUGCGCGUGGCGGCCGAGAGAGGGCGCCGCUCCGUUAUGUACGGAGAUGACACGUGGCUCAGACUGUUCCCUGGACUCUGGGCCGAAUCUGACGGGACCACGUCUUUCUACGUUACGGACUAUACUGAGGUAGACAACAACGUCACCCGGCACUUAGACAAAGUGCUGACACCCGACGACAAGAAGAAACCAACGUUUGAUUUCCUAGUGCUUCACUACCUAGGCUUGGACCAUAUUGGACACCUAGAGGGCGCUAGGAGCCCCAAGAUAAAACCGAAGUUGCAGGAAAUGGAUGAUGUUGUUAAGAAGAUCUUCGAGGCUAUGCAGAAAUGGGACCGGCCGGGCACCCUGUUCGUGUGCGGCGACCACGGCAUGCGCGACGCGGGCGGACACGGCGGCUCCACGCCCGCCGAGGUGCUCGUGCCGCUGGUCGCGGCCCGCACCGACCCCUACCAGUGCCCGCACCCUGACAGCCACGGGCCGACAGUCGGCCAAGUGGACCUCGCGCCGACUAUAGCGUGGCUGCUCAACGCGCCCCCUCCAGGCGACAGCACGGGCAGGGUGCUGCCCGGGCUGCUGCCCGCCGGCAUCCUGCAGCGCCUGUACUUGCUGCACAUCACCGCGCGGCACAACGCCGACCAGUGCGCCGGCAAGGCUGCCACAGAGACAGAAUUCUACAAACAAUUCGAACGCGCCGAGAAACAGUUCGCGCACUACCUCGCCACAGGGGAAAAGAGCGCAGCCAAGAUCGCCAAGGAAUUUUACGAGGACUCUUUGGAGAAGAUGGCCGAGUACCUUACAGAGGCCACUGUUGGGUUCGACUUGUUCGCUAUAGGAGUGGGCAUCGUUCUACUUUAUUGUAUCGCCCUAUCCCUAGGCUGCAUAACCCUGUACUCCCUCCAACCAGAAACCUCUCGCAAGCACAGCGUCCACCGUCUCCACGCCACGUCCACAUGGGGCUCGAUAAUCGCCUUCAUAAGCGUCCUCGCAAUCACCAACAGCAUCCUAGUUCUAUCCUGCUAUAUCACUGAAACUAAAACACAAUUCUGCUCAAUGCGAGGCAUCUGGCUUGCGAUUUUUCUGCUAGUCUCGUGCGUGCUCACUAUGUCGUAUUGGAUCAUCAAAACGAGCAUAGAAAAGAUUAAAGACUUAUCUUUAUUACGAGAUUUGAACGCCAUAGACUACCUACUAAUUAUCGGAACCCUGUUCCAUUCGUGGUCGUUUUUCGGGACUAGUUUUAUAGAAGAGGAGCAUAUGACGUGGUAUUUCUUUUGGAAUACGCUGAUGUUUUUCAUUUUGAUACGGACGGUGGCGGUAGUGGUUAUAUACUUGUCGAGGAAACUGAGUGGUGCUACGGAGGUGCAGGAGAAACCUGAGUUGGAGCAGAGGAUGAGUGCGGUCGGGAUUGGGAUCGUGCCGAAAUGGGUGCUGCUUAUUGCUUUACACAGGUAUUUAAGGACAAUGAACCAGACAGGAGACCGCUGGCUGUUCCUGCCGGACACCGCAGACUGGUUAAAGGCACCCGAAAACGCUUUCUAUCUCCAAGCACAUCUAGUCAUUGGAACGGUCGCAACUUUAGGAAUAUGCCUCUACAACCUCCGCUACACCAACAACCUCGGUCACCUCCACACAAUCUUCACAACAGCCGCCGCCUUAUGCAUAUUCUGCUACCGCAUCGCCACCGACUCUCUUGACUCGCCGUUCGAAGACAUAAAGUCAUGGGACACUGUCCAUAUAGUCAAUGUUUUCUGGGUUAUAUUAAUCGCCCAAUUCAUAUUCGAAUUCUUAACUUACGUCGGCGUAUUCAAAAAUUGCGGCGUCAAUCCAGCUACCCGUAACACUGUAAGCAGCAAUCGAUUCGACUACAAUAAGUCGAAAGCGAAAACAGAGGACUAUUUCUACGAACCUAUGAUAGAAGAACCUUGGAACUUGGAAGAUGUUAAGCUGAAUCUCGCUCGUUCGAUGUCGCACCUUAUGUUGAACGACUUAAUGUUGAUAAUCGCUCUGCUAAUGAGGCCGCAUAAUGUGAUAAUGGUGCCGAGUGUGUAUAUAACUUGUGUAUUGACGUCGGAAUGUAUAGACCAUAAGUUGCUGGAUUCGAGGUCGGGGAGGAAUACGGAGGUUGUGGAUAUUUUGAGUCAAACGCUGGUUCACGUUUGGAUUGGCUGCCUUUUCUUCUUUUACCAGGGCAACUCCAACAGCCUGGCGUCCGUCGACCUGGGGUCCGGCUACGUGGGGCUGCGCUCGUACUGCGCCGUGCGCGUGGCGCUGCGCAUGGGCGUGCACGCGUACGCCGGGCCCGCGCUCGCCGGCGCCGCGCUCUACUGCCGGCUGGCGGCCGCCGCGCCCGCCUGGACGCAAUACCUCCAAACAGUAUGGCGAGCGACCAACAUAUUCGCUCUCCAACGAGUAUACUCCAUCGCUGUAUACUGCGUAGUAGCCACCGUCUUCCGACACCAUCUGUUCGUCUGGACGGUCUUCUCCCCUAAACUACUCUACGACUUCGUGGCCAUGACGUUCACUAUACAAGCUUUAGUUACCAUAGCCGAGAUAAUAGGUCUAACGCACUUAACAAGUUGGAUAGCGCAAGCGUUUGUGAGCAAGUCGAGACUGUGAUACAUUAGAAUAGUUAGCGUUUUCUUAUAUCCACUAUAUUAUAUUAUAUAUGUAUAGAGGUUUUUGUUUGGCAACUGGUUUGCCAGUUAGUAACUUAAAUAGAUGUGAAGAAAGUGACCAAGCCCUCCAGUGACCGAGGCCGUUUGCCAGUUGUUUUGAAGAGGUCAGUGUUACGUUGUAAAUAUUUCUCUAGGCUAUGAAAUUAUGAAUUUAUUUAGCUGACGCUGACUGCUACAAUAGCCCAAUGUCAACCUUCGUGCAUUCCGACAAGGUUCACGAUGACGCGCCGUGCACGAUAGGCGUGGCGUUCAGAGGGUUAUAUUUACGGCAUUGUAUUGUAGGGCAGUAUAGAUUGAAUUAGAACUAGUCGUGCUAGUAUGUUACCUAACUGUAUUAACAAUAUUAAACAUAAAAUAAAAUGGACUGAACUAUGACAUAAGCUCACGGUUGAAAUAUUUAUAGUAGCGGCAAAUAAUCUAUCAUAUUUUUUACGUAUUUUCGAAUGAUAAUGUAUUAUUAGAUGGCCUAGAUUUUAUUUUAUUUAUUUUACCUAUUUGUGUUAUCUAUCUUAAUGUGUCUGUAUCUAUUAAAUUAUUUGUAAAGUGUAUGUUACUAACCAUAUUACUGUACUAACACUAUAUGGAACAGAUUCGAAGUAAAUAAAUAAUUUAAUUAAAUUGAAAAAAUAGCAGUAUGCUAGAUUUUUUGCCGCUACUGUAUCUACCGUGCUCAGGAAGACGUGUCCUAGACUUAUAUAACUGUUAAAUAUUUGACUUAAUAUUCAAUAAAGUUUCAGAAUUAUGGACUUAAUUUAUUUUUAGGAAACAAGUUGAAUAUUUGAUAAAAUGAUUAAAAUCUUAAUUCAUUUUUAUCGAUAAUAUAGAUAGUAGUUACAUUCUUAGAAUAUGUAUAAGUUAACGAAUAUAUUUACUGUUGUGUAUGACAAUACAUUACAGCAUAUUUUAUUUUGGAAAAAUGCCUUUAUAUAAUCCUGACAACAUUCUGUAUGGCCUUCAAGUCAUCAAAUAUCACCGAUGUAAACAAAAAGAAAAGAUUAAUAUUCCAAAAGGGAUACAAUAAAAUAUUUACAUCAGAAAAGUGAAUGAUUGCGUAGCAUUCCAAUUAUGCAAUGUUUGGAAAUUGGUUGUUGACAUGACUGGUACUGACAUUUUAUUUGACUAUAGAUGGUAUGUACAGUCAGCGUCAAAUACUUUGUAGCAACCAAAGUGGCCAAAUAGUUCGGUACACCAUAUAUUUAGUAUGGUGUACCGAACUAUUUGGCCACUUUGACUGCUACAAAGUAUUUGACGCUGACUGUACCUGACGUACAGUAAUACAUGUCAAUAAUGUGCUUAUUAUCAUAUGAUUCAUAUGUAAGGUGUUUGUAACGACUCUAUCUUAAGAGCCAAAUUGAAUUUUGUCAUGCUUUACUUGCCAUCAAUGGUUUAACCGCAAUUUAAAAAGUCCCAAAGCAUUCCAAUAUACUUUUUCUUUUUAGGGUUCCGUAGUCUACUAGGAACCCUCAUUUUAUCUUUUUUUUAAGUCACGAUACGCCAUGAGUUGAUGCAGAAUAUUAUCAGACUAUACUUCUUAUAAGUGUCAAAACCAAUGUGUUGCUACUUGAAAUAUAAGGAAACUAGAGUCGCUUUACUCUAUUGCGAAAAUAAAUAAUUUUAUACGGAAAAGUAUAGUGUUUAAAAACCAAUUAUUAACAAAAUAAAUGCUCUUCCACUAAUCGACAUAUUUUGAUUAGAGGGAUGUUCACUUUAAAAUGGUUUUACUUUAUUGAACGCGUUAGAUGUUAGAAUGGCAUAAUCUUAGAAUUUUAUUGGUAUUGUGUUUCUUGCUGAAAGGAAUACGUAAUUAACAAUUGAAUUACUUUCUAACAUCUUACGUACUCUAACACGUAAGUAAAUAAAACAAAAAGUGUCUUCAACAACGUUUAUUAGUGUAUAAUUGAACAAUGUUUUUUAUUUAUGUUUUUGAACGUGGGGCGUUAUAGACCCUUACACCAAACCAUUGUCCUAAGUUAAAAUAAGUCUAAUUUACUGUCACAUGUUGCUAUAAUAAUAUUCUGACAUGAUAUCAGAGUAUUUAUAGUAGCUGUGAUGUGAAGGGCGAGGUACUUCACAUUUGUUCUAUAGAGCUGAAAUGCUUACGCAUUCAGGGCCUUGAACAAUUCGAAAUCUUAAUUAAAUAGCAAAAGUUGAAUUGAAAGAAAUGCCGGUAGGUAGAUAAACAUUCCUUCACGUUACAUGCAUUUUGUUUUACGUACGACAUGAGUUGACAAUAUACCUUUACAGGCAUCACCAGAUAUAACAAAGCGGCCAAGAUGUUCAAAAAUAUCCAAACACGCCUAUGAGUGCAUAUUCAAAUAUUUUUGGGCAUGAGAAGUAUAUGAAUCAAGUCUUAAAUAUCGGCACGGACAAAAUGACAAAAAUAUUUAAACACUAUUAAAGUAUUGGCAAUAAGGUCGUGUAUACAUAUUUUUGGCUACAAAGUGCCGAUAUUUCAUACAUUGACUGUACAUACUAUAAAAACAACUGGAAAGUAACUGUUCACGAAGUGGGAGACAUUUGAAUAUGAAGGCUUAUUGAUACAACCAGAUAUAAUUGUAAAUAUUAAUUUGCCUUCUCAGUAAGCAUUUCAGCGUCUACUUACUAGUUAAACAAUCGUUAUGUCCACAGUGAAAUCACAUUUAUAUUGCGUGUUUAGACCAAUUAUUAAGUUCUAAUACGUGUUAUUACGAUUGAAGUACCUAUUAAUAUCGUUAUUACCUACUUGGCGUGUACCCAUGAUUUUACCUAUAUAAAAAUUACGAUCACUCGAUUUGUAUUUUUUUUUAACCAAUUUAAGCAUCUACAAUAUAAUGUUAAUGGAAUAAAAAUGCAGAAAUUAAAGCACCAAUGAUUUGAAAGUAAAGUAUACAUAAAAAAACA